CAGGCUAUAUUUGAGUCUAUUGAGAGCAGCUAAAUUAGAAAUAGCAAUAGACUGACCUACAUCCAUGCCUAUCAUCACCGCACGAGCCCCCCACCCUCAUAGCUUCCCUCUGAUGUGAAUUUGAUAUGCACUCAAAACAGUGAGGACCAGCAUUUACACUUUUGCCACCCGCUUCAGGUGGUCAACAACUUCUUGGACGGCAUGGGGCACGAGCCGGGCAAAGGGCUGUACUUUGCUGAUGGGAAGAGGAAGGUGGACUAUGUGCUGGUGUACCGGAUAACAUCAGUGGGUCAGGACUCUCCAGGACAGCACCGGCUCUCGGUCAUCUCGAACGGGAGCUUUCCCCAGCCAGGGAGCAAAGAGGCUGAAGCGGUGAAGGAGGACGACGCUGAGGUCGUGGUGGACAUGGGACAGACUGAUCCGGCCGAGUGUGACAAACUCAGGAUCCGAGAUGAGUUCGAGACCCACCUGAGAGAUGCAGGACUGCACAUCGAGCGUGAUAACGAGCACAAGGUCUAUGGGCAGGGAUUUGUCCGGCUACAUGCCCCUUGGCAGGUGCUAAGCAGAGAGGCAGAGUUUCUCAAGAUCAAGGUGCCCACCAAAAAGAGCUAUGAGCUGAAAGAAGAGAAGGGUCUGUCAGCAACUAUGAACACAGUGUGGAGGAAGCUGAACCAGCCAUUUCAACCCCACAUCCCUCAGCUGCAGCAGCAGAGCCGCACAAAGUUCCUCUCUCACAGCUUCUCCCGGGACAAGCUCCAUCUGUACAACAUCAGUUGCAAGGACACCUUCUUCGACAAUGCCACAAGGAGUCGAAUUGUGUAUGAAAUCCUUAGACGCACAGCCUGCACACGGACCUGCCAAACCAUGGGCAUCACUACAUUAAUAGCUAAAGGGGUGUAUGACUCUGCCUUCCCUCUGCAUGAUGGAGACUUUAAGGACUCUAGGCAAGCAGAACAGAAGAAUGAGAGACAGCUGUUACAUGAUGAAUGGGCAAGAUAUGGAGCAUUUUAUAAAUAUCAGCCUGUUGAUCUUAUCAGAAAAUACUUUGGGGAGAAGAUAGGCCUGUACUUUGCCUGGCUUGGGGUUUACACUCAGCUUUUGGCCUUGGCAUCUUUGGUAGGCAUCAUCGUGUUCCUGUACGGCUGUUUCACCAUCGACACCAAUGUUCCUAGUCUGGAGAUGUGUGAUGAGACACAGAACUUUACUAUGUGCCCGCUUUGCGAUCGUGUCUGCGAUUAUUGGCACCUGAGCACAGCCUGCGGCACUGCCCGUGCCAGCCACCUCUUUGACAACCCAGCCACUGUCUUCUUUGCUAUCUUCAUGUCCCUCUGGGCGGUAAUGUUUCUGGAGCACUGGAAACGCAGGCAAAACAGUUUGAACUACAGCUGGAAUAUGACAGGAAUGGAGGAAGAAGAGGAGCAUCCCAGGCCUAAAUAUGAAACAUUACUCCUUCAGAAGACACAGAAGAAGAGGAGAAACAAAAAGAAGAGCAAACGUGAGCCUCAGAAAAAUGUGGAGGAGAGCAGCGAUCCAGGCAAGGACAAAUGGAGACAGCGGUUGCUGUCUGCCAUGGCUGCAGGGAACCCGAACCCAAUCCCAAGACUUACAUGGAAGGAUAGGUUCCCCGGCUAUUUCAUUAACAUCUCCUCCAUUCUACUAAUGUUUGGUGUAACUUUUGCUGCUGUGUUUGCGGUGAUUAUGUACCGCAUCACCGUCUCUGCUACACUGGCCAUGAAUCCCGACCCCCAGAUCAAAGCCAGUGUGCGAGUGACCGUCACAGCCACAGCGGUCAUCAUCAACCUAGUUGUCAUCCUCAUCCUGGACGAGAUCUAUGGCUCCGUUGCUGCCUGGCUUACAGAGCUGGAGAUUCCAAAGACAGAAACCGGCUUUGAGGAGCGUCUCAUUUUGAAGGCCUUCCUCCUAAAGUUUAUGAAUGCUUAUGCCCCCAUUUUCUAUGUUGCCUUCUUCAAAGGAAGAUUUGCAGGCCGGCCUGGGGAUUACGUUUAUGUUUUCAACCAGUAUCGCAUGGAAGAGUGUGCCCCUGGUGGUUGUCUUAUUGAGUUAUGUAUUCAGCUGAGCAUCAUCAUGUUGGGAAAACAGCUCAUUCAGAACAAUAUCUUUGAGAUUGGCGUCCCGAAGCUGAAGAAGCUGUUCCGUUCCCUGAAGGAAAAGAAGCGAGCUCCUGAAGUGCAUGUGGAACAGACGGGCCGUACUCUGCGUCAGUGGCACCUGGACUACGACCUAGAGCCGUUUGAAGGCCUCACACCUGAAUACAUGGAGAUGAUCAUCCAGUUUGGUUUUGUCUCCCUCUUUGUGGCCUCUUUUCCUCUGGCUCCUCUUUUUGCUCUCUUGAACAACAUUAUUGAGAUCCGACUGGAUGCUAAGAAGUUUGUCACUGAGCUACGCAGACCAGAUGCUGUGAGAGCACAAGAUAUCGGAAUCUGGUACAAUAUACUAAACGGCUUGGGCAAGUUUUCAGUUCUCAUCAAUGCUUUUGUCAUCUCCUUUACAUCAGACUUCAUCCCACGACUGGUUUAUCAGUACAUGUACAGUAAUACUGGCACCAUGCAUGGCUUCAUCGACCACACACUGUCUUACUUCAAUGUCAGUGAUUUUCAACCAGGCACAGCACCUGUCUCCACUAUCACAGUGUGCCGGUAUAAGGAUUACAGGGAACCACCCUGGUCUUCACAGCCCUACCAGUUCUCCAAACAGUACUGGUCAAUCCUAGCAGCACGACUGGGAUUCGUAAUACUAUUCCAGAACCUGGUAAUUUUCUUAGGCCUCCUGGUGGCCUGGGUGAUCCCAGAUGUGCCCAAGAACAUCAGUGAACAGAUUAAGAGGGAGAAGACCCUGCUGGUAGAUGUCUUCAUGAAGGAGGAGAAGGAGAAGCUUCAGCUCAUCCAUAGUCUUUUCUCAAAAGAAUCAGGCCAGUUGCUGCUGCAGGAGCCCAGGAAGCAGAUGCAGCCAGUCUCUGAGCCCCAGGCUCCCUUGCCCAACCUCACCCAGGCUGACGAUACUAUUGCAGCUUCUCGUCCCCGAACCCGUGCACGUGCUGCCAGCUUUAGCCAAUUUACCCGCCAGGCCUCCAUGUCUCCCCAUCAUGAUGAGGGCACACAGACAGCAGUGUGAACAGGGCAAGGAGGGGUCGGCAUGAGGGUUUAGCCGGCCAUGAGAUCUUCAGAGUGUCCAUACUCAGAACGG